AUGGCUUUUAGAGAACUUCAAAUCGACGUUGUCCUACCUAACUCACCAGCAUCACGUGUUGGAUUACGAUCUGGUCAACAAGUGGUCUCAUUAAAUGGACAGUGCGUACAUGGCUGGGAUCAGCUGACUGCAAUGCACUGGUUUAGACACUAUCCUGAUGGUGUAGAUCUAACUAUAACUGUUUUAGAUGAGUUAGAUAAAACGGAAAAUUCAGUUAAACUGAGCAAAGUAACAACAGCCGGUUCUUCUAUAGUAAUGAAUACUACUGCUAUUCAUAAAAAUAAUAGCACCGAUGAAAACAAGUUGUACAACAAUAUCGACUAUCCUACUAUACCUUCAGAUGAUCAGCAAAUACCAACAACACUUAAAGAGCACUUUUCAGACCUAACUGUUUCAAAAGAAAGCUACUGUAUCACUCCUUCCACUCUAAUCGCAACAGACGGUACAUUUAGUAUUCCUCAGACAUUAGACUCUCCUCAUGAAGACAGAGUUAUGAACCCUCUAUUUCCUUUCGUGGAAUAUCACAAUAAUAACAACAGUUUAUCAGCUAGCAGGUGUCAAUCACCCAACUUGUGUACGCUAACUUCCUGUCCAUUAAAACGAGAAGAUAGAAAGUUUUAUAUAUCAAGUCCUGCAGCAUUGAAUAUAAACAACACAUGUGAUUGUGGUACAAACAGAUUAUUAUUUACACAAUGUGAUGAUGAUCAUCAUCUUGAUAACAGUAACCUUGGUAACCCUGAGGGUAAUUUUAAUAACUCUAAUGAUGUGAACCAUAGAAUCAAUAAUCAGUGCAGUUCUUCUAACAAUCAAACAGACAUUCAAUGUUCAGGUGAUCAUCAUUAUGAUGAAAAUGAUAGGGAGGUCAUUGAAACAAUCAAGAGCUACACAGAAGAUUCAACUAAAGGGAAUAAACCACUCAACUUUGAAUCAAAUGAGAAAUUAUUUUUCGCAGACUCAUUUUUACAAAAUGAGUUUUUCUAUAAAGCUGAUUGUGUUUGA